GCCGCCCAGCCGUUUUUGGGCGGAGGGGGCGCGCAGAGCGGACUCCCCCGGCGGAAGGGCAGAGGCGGCGCAGACCGGAGCCCACCCAACUCCGGUUUCCAUUUCCCCCGCCCUCCGGCCCUCUCUAAACUUGUCCUGUCCUGUCCAGUCUCCCCCCACCCCUCUCCCCGUCCUUCACCCCAGCCAUCCUCCUCCUCCUCCGUGAGUGUGUGUGCGCCCCAUCCACUCGCUAAUUGAAGAGCUGGGAUUCCUCACGCGGCGCCUGCAUGCACGUAGUGUGACAUUUUCAUAGUCCGCCUGCUGCUGCCAAAGGGGCUUGGGGGCAAGACAAAAAAAACGAGGGUUGCAGCCCGCGGUGCGCGCCUCCCCGAGCCGCCAGGAAGAUGAACAAGCUCUACAUCGGCAACCUCGGCGAGAACGUCAGCCCUCUCGACCUGGAAAGUCUCUUUAAGGACUCCAAGAUACCCUUCUCGGGCCAGUUUCUGGUGAAGACGGGGUACGCCUUCGUGGACUGCCCCGACGAGAGCUGGGCCAUGAAGGCCAUCGAGGCACUUUCAGGUAAAGUGGAGCUGCAUGGGAAACUCAUAGAAGUUGAACAUUCGGUCCCGAAAAGACAAAGGAGUCGGAAGCUUCAGAUCAGGAAUAUCCCGCCUCACUUGCAGUGGGAGGUGCUGGAUAGUUUGUUAGCUCAGUAUGGAACUGUGGAGAACUGUGAGCAAGGUACUGUUUCUCAAUUUGCUUUUAAAUUUGGAGUGGGGAGGGGGUGCACACUGAACUUACCCUGUUCUGUUGCAUUUCCCUUUCUAGUGAACACUGACACGGAGACUGCAGUUGUAAAUGUAACAUAUGGCAAUAAGGACCAGGCUAGACAAGCAAUAGAAAAACUGAACGGGUUUCAGCUUGAAAACUAUUCCUUGAAAGUUGCAUACAUCCCUGAUGAGAUGGCAGCCCAGCAACCUCCGCAACAACACCCCCAGGGAAGACGUGGAUUUGGCCAGAGGGGUCCUCCCAGGCAAGGGUCACCUGGCGCAACCACACGGCAGAAACCACAGUCGGACGUUCCUCUACGGAUGCUGGUUCCCACGCAGUUUGUAGGAGCCAUUAUCGGGAAAGAAGGAGCAACAAUCAGAAAUAUUACCAAGCAGACUCAGUCCAAAAUUGAUAUUCAUCGUAAAGAGAAUGCAGGUGCUGCUGAGAAACCAAUUACCAUCCACUCAACUCCUGAAGGCUGCUCAACAGCUUGUAAAAUUAUUAUGGAGAUCAUGCAAAAGGAAGCUCAAGAUACUAAAUUUACAGAAGAAAUUCCCUUGAAGAUCCUGGCACAUAACAACUUUGUUGGCCGACUUAUUGGCAAAGAAGGAAGAAACCUGAAGAAAAUUGAGCAGGACACAGAUACUAAAAUCACGAUAUCACCAUUGCAGGACUUGACACUCUAUAAUCCGGAAAGGACCAUUACAGUUAAAGGCAGUAUUGAAACUUGUGCCAAGGCCGAGGAAGAAAUUAUGAAGAAAAUCAGGGAGUCCUAUGAAAAUGAUAUUGCUGCUAUGAAUCUUCAAGCACAUUUAAUUCCUGGAUUAAAUCUGAAUGCCUUGGGUCUGUUCCCACCUUCUUCUUCAGGGAUACCACCUCCCGCAGUGAGUGUUGCCUCUGCUGCUGCUGCUGCUUCAUAUCCACCAUUUGGGCAACAGCCCGAGUCUGAAACUGUUCAUCUGUUCAUCCCAGCCUUGGCAGUUGGAGCUAUUAUUGGCAAGCAGGGACAGCACAUCAAACAACUUUCUCGUUUUGCAGGCGCAUCUAUUAAGAUUGCCCCUGCUGAAGGACCAGAUGCUAAGCUGAGAAUGGUUAUCAUCACUGGACCUCCAGAAGCUCAGUUCAAGGCUCAAGGGAGAAUCUAUGGGAAACUUAAAGAAGAAAAUUUCUUUGGACCUAAAGAAGAAGUGAAACUUGAGGCUCAUAUAAAAGUGCCAUCCUAUGCUGCUGGUAGAGUUAUUGGUAAAGGAGGCAAAACAGUAAAUGAGCUUCAAAACUUGACAAGUGCAGAAGUUGUAGUCCCUCGUGACCAGACACCUGAUGAAAAUGAUCAGGUGGUUGUGAAAAUAACUGGUCAUUUCUAUGCAUGCCAGCUUGCUCAGAGAAAAAUUCAGGAAAUACUGGCUCAGGUAAGAAGGCAGCAGCAACAGCAAAAAACAUUGCAAAGCGGACAGCCUCAGCCAAGACGAAAAUAAAGGUUUAGGAAAUGGCCCAUCAGAGACAGAUGCCAGACCAAAGACAGACUGUGUGACAGAGAGACAGGUGGUGAGCACCUGUUGAAGUUUUAUGCAGAAGAUCCACCAAGCCAAUCACCUGUUCGAGGACCAGGCAACCGUUGAACGCUGUCUCUGAGAAUGUAUUCUUUAGGCUCUCUCAAACUUUUGAAACCCAGCUUUAAAAUAAGGACCCCUUCACUUCCCUUUUGUUCUAUUCUCACAAUUUAACAUAAACUCGUUAGUCUUUUUUAUUGUUCUUAUUAUUCCCCAACAACUUUAGAACUUGGUUUAAUGAAGCUUUCUCUUCUGAGUUCACUGGUUAAAAAAAAAAAAAAAAAAAGAAAAAAAAACCAA